GUUCAAACUUCGCUGAGUGGCCCCAUAUCAGCACGGAUCCAUUCUUGUCACGGUUACUAUUAAACUGUCGAUCCACAUGGGCUCGUGGGCACACAUCAAGCUUUUCUUAACCAUGCUCCAAGUCCACCCAUAUGCGUGCACCUCGUGCCUUGAAGGCAAGAAUCGGGCUCCCUCAGUCGGUCAAGGUUGUAGUUCUGUCACUGUCCUCAGUAUUCUGAUGGGCUGUCUCCAGCCGGCACACGUUUAUCCUAUCAGGCUUGAAGCAGAAGCUGACGCCCUUAUAUUUGCAUCACUUGCUGUGCCCUGUAGCUGUAUAGGGUUGACGACCCCUGGGAUUGUUGGAGACAUACAUGUGCCGCAGCCUAUUUUACCUCACAUGCUGCGCCCUGGAGUUUCACCCUCCUGUUAUUAUUAGAGCCAUGGCAUACUCCGACUUCUCCGCUUUGAUCAUUCCAUUUUGGUCACGGCGCCUAUGGUGAGCAAUAUAAAAUGGCCCCUCUU